UAUUCGAUAAUAAUAAUAAGUGAAAAAUCAGAAUCGAAUGCAUUACAAAAAAAAAACGUGUGGGCGAAAUUUAUCGAAUACCUUAAAAAAACAAUCAGGGUCGUGUGUGGGCGAAAUUUAAAGUGGGGCUGAAGGUCGUACGCAUAUCCUAGAUGAUAGGUGGGGUCCUCGCGCCUUCAUCAUUUCUGCGAUCGCGGGUGAUUCGUUAGUCUUCUCUUCGCGUUUCCAUCGAGCAUAAAGUUACAAGUAAAGAUAGAAUAGUGGCAAAAUGUAUCACUCACGAGCCGCAGUCUCGCUUCUACUUGUAUUUGCCGUGAUGAUCAACGGUAGUCAGUACCUUCAAUCACGAAUAAUUGCAUCUGGUGGUUGCGACAGCUAUACGUGCGGAGCCAAUGCGAGAUGUACAAUGAGCGAAGGACGGCCAGUAUGUUCGUGCUUCAAUUUACAUAUGGGAGAUCCUCUCGCGCGAUGCAUCCGGGUUGAAUGUCUAAUCAACGACGAUUGCCCAUACAAUAGAGUAUGCACAAACAACAGGUGUGUCGAUCCCUGCGUGGGACUAUGCGGAGUAAAUGCAAACUGCGAAACCAGAAACCACAUAGGUACCUGCCAAUGCCUACCGGGACACGAUGGUGACCCGUUUUCGGGUUGUCGAAUUGCCGAUCCACAAGCCGCUUGUAAACCGAGUCCGUGCGGAGAGAAUACACAAUGCGAGGUGAUCAACCAAGUACCAGUCUGCACUUGUCUACCGGGUUAUAGGGGUUCGCCUUUGGCCGGAUGUCGUCACGAGUGUGAAAACGACAGCGAAUGCCCUCAACAUCUCGCAUGUUCGUCGUCCUUCAGAUGCGAGAGUCCCUGCAAAUGCGGAGAGAACGCGGAAUGCCAAGUCGUAAACCAUCAAGCAAAAUGUACUUGCCCAAAAACAUGGGUGGGAAAUGCAUACGUCGCAUGUCGACCGGAAUGUACCACCCAUUCCGAGUGCCCGGCAGCCAAAUCCGCCUGCCUGUAUCAAAAAUGCAUCAAUCCGUGCGACGGCGUUUGCGGAGUGAACGCCGAUUGCAAUCUACGCGAUAUCACACCCGUUUGUAGCUGCCCGCGGCAUAUGACUGGCAAUCCUUUCGUUAGCUGCAGAUUAUUCGAACCGCGUGAUCUCUGCGAGCCGAAUCCCUGCGGUACGAAUGCGAUUUGUACGCCGGGUCAUGAUAAUACCGGAAGGGAGAGGCCGGUGUGCACGUGUCCUACCGGCUACAUCGGCAACGCCCUGAGUAGCUGUCAGCGUGGGGAGUGUUUCACUGACAGCGACUGCCCCGACAAUCGCGCGUGUAUCGACUUCACGUGUAGCAAUCCAUGUACUGGCCGUGAGUGCGGUCCGAGCGCCACGUGUACGCCCCGACAUCAUAUCGCAGUCUGCACGUGUCCACAGGGGACCAGAGGCGACGCUCUGUACACUUGUAAUCCGAUCGAGAGUAAAUCGGUGUACAAUUACGGCCGCGCCUAUCGUUACCGUUACUACUAGUUACGAAACAAUACCACCGAUUUCACCUUUAAAAUACUCGACUUUCUCUCUCUCUCUUUCUUUUAAUUCACUUUAAUUUAUAUUUGUACGCAUGUUUUUUUGCAAAAAGUGCAGAAAAUUAAUCGCGUCUAUUCGCAAGCUGUAGUAAACGGUGAUAACAGAGCAGUCUAUUUUUAUAACAUAUGCCAUUUUUUCUAUUUGUGUUCACACUAUAGAUCUCUCAUAUAAAGUGUUCUAUUUAUGUUUUUUCUACAACUGCGGUUGGUCAUACAAACUCAGUUUUUAGACUUUUAAUAAAUGAUAUAAAUGUAAAUGCAACGCGCGCGCGCGACUUAUGUUGUACUCUCAAUGUUUCAAGAUAAAUUUUCUCUUCAUUUGUCUUCAUUCUUCUGUUUUUGUAUUUUUAUCUCUAUAGAUGUAUAAUAUAUUAUAUAAUACAGAGUUUAUGCAAUGCUGUAA